AUGGCUCAAAGAAUACACAAGGACCUCGCAAAACUCUUCAAGGCUCCUCCUCCAGAUUGCAUCCUAGACACUGAAGAUGAUGACGAUGAUUCUUCUCUUGCAGACCCUGAACCCUCGAUCGGUCUUGCGCUACCUGGCCGCUCAACAGGACUUGGCAUGUCAUCUCUCAGCACUAUUUCAUUUUACUUGCUGGGCCCUGAGUCCACUGCAUUUUACGGCGGCGCGUGGCGCGUCAAGCUCAAAAUCCCAUCAGAGUAUCCGCGCAAAGCUCCAGCGGCAUACUUUGUCACAAAGAUCUUUCACCCAAACGUGCAACCAAGCACAGGUGAGGUGUGUGUAGACACACUAAAGCGGGACUGGCGACCGGAUGUUGAUUUGGCUCAGAUUAUAUUGACUAUACGAUGCCUUUUGAUUCAACCAAACCCAGAGUCCUCGCUUAAUGAAGAAGCUGGGAAACUCAUGCUGGACGACUAUGCGGCAUUUGAACGAAUGGCUCGUGUCAUGACUAAGGUGCACUCAAUCCCACGCGCAGAUAUUUUAAAAAAGUUCAAUUUGGACGACUCACCCUUAGUCGAAGAGCCCAUGAAAAAAAUUGAAGCACCAAAUAGUACUACUACAACUACAACUACAACUACAACUGCAUCCACCGUUAAACCUGACAUGCUACCGGUCAAAGAAGACAUUGAAAUGGUUGACGGAAAGGGUUUCCAGGACUCUAUUAUCAUUACAAACAACAACAAGGAAAAUGGGGGUGCAGGCACCACCAACUCUGGGCUUUCUUCUCCACUCAUAUUGUCUGCAACAUGUUCAACUGGCCAGGACUUGCAAAUGAUUCAAACUCAAAGCUCGGCCCAAACCUCAAGUGUUUUGCUUCCACGCGACGAAAGAGACACAAACAACAUUACAAACAAUUCUGGCAUUAACUCUUCAUCGCCAUUAUUCCCUGCUAGCAAAGAAAGUUCGUUCAAUGGACUAUGUACCUCGCUCACCCCUCCCUCAUCAUCAUCAUCAUCAUCUUCCAAUAGUCUCACAAAGGCCCCACCAUCGCCGUUAUCUCCAACUAUGGGCCCGGCACCUGCAUACUCGCCGACCGCGGGGACUAGUCCUACUACGGUUUCCAGUAGUAGUAGUAGUAUCACAAACUUUACAGCUACCGCAAGUGCACCAACAACUUCAGCCGCAGUCGGCUUCUUCACCGUCGUCGUCGUCGCCGUCGUCGCCGUCAACGUCGCCAAGUUCCGUGGCGAAACCAUCAAGCCACAGUUUUCCGUGCCUGUUACCCUGUAA